AUGAAGAUAAAGUUUACGGUUGCUCUUGAGAUAGGACAACACUUUUCUGGAUACGGUUAUUCUUCGAAACAUGAUAAAACACCAAGAAUUCCAGUAGAUAGUUCAGGCAAGGCAAAGAAAAUCCCGUCUGCGGUCUGGUAUAGCAAGACAAAGGAAAAAAUAAAGAUAGGAUAUGAUGCCCUAGAUGAAUACAUUAAUUGUGAUGGAAAUCCUCCAGAAGACAUAUAUUACUCUGGUGAUCUGGUUAUUGAUUACAAUCAGGGAAACAGACGUAUGCAGCAGUAUUCAAGGUUUCUUCUUGGUUUACUGAAUGCUGUGUUACAGUUCAUUAGCAAGGAGCACAAGAAUCCAAACAAGGCGGAUACUAAUUUUGUUAUAAUUAUCAAAAGAUCUGGAGAAACUUCAAGGGAAAGCAGUGAAUCUAUAAAAAGAUACGUAAUAACAGGGAUGACAGAGUUUAAGGAAAACCCAGGGGAGAUAAAACAUAUAGACAUUGAAUUACCAGAGAAGCUAAGGACUGGUUUACGUCCAAAAGCUGAGUCGGUGCCGCCAGCUAAAGGGAUUAUGAUAUCAGAAAAUAAGCUAACGAUAGGUUCAGAGGUCAUACAAGGUUUUAUUGAAGACCUUUGUAAAAACACUAGAACGGUUCUCCAUGCUACCUGUGAAGAGGAUGGACUGAAAGAAGUCAGAGUUUUUUUUGAACAGAAACUGUCCAGACUCUAA